GAUGCUGCUGUCUGCCCUGAGGAGGAAGGGUUCCCGGAGGCCCUGUGCCCAAGGGAGGAGGGGGAGGAGGAGGAAGAGGAGGAGGAAGAGGACAGGGAGAGGAGCCCAAGGCCCGUCAGGUUCACGCUGGGAAACGAGAUGCUGGGGCUGGGCCAGGACCCGGAGAGCGAGUUUCAGAGCCCCGAUGCCGAGGUCUACAUGCACUUCAUGAGGAGCCACUGCUGCUACGAUGCCGUCCCCACCAGCUGCAAGCUCGUCGUCUUUGAUAUCUCCCUGGAGAUCAAGAAAGCCUUCGUGGCACUGGUGGCCAACGGAGUGCGUGCUGCCCCGCUCUGGGACAGCAAGACACAGAGCUUUGUGGGGAUGCUCACCAUCACCGACUUCAUCAACAUUCUCCACCGCUACUACCGCUCACCCCUGGUUCAGAUCUAUGAGGUAGAAGAGCACAAGAUUGAGACCUGGAGAGAGGUGUACCUGCAGGGCUCCUUCAAGCCACUGGUCUACAUCUCCCCGAGCAAUAGCCUCUUCGAUGCUGUCUACUCCCUGAUCAAGCACAAGAUCCACCGCCUGCCUGUCAUCGAGCCCAUCUCGGGCAAUGUCCUGCACAUCCUGACGCACAAGCGCAUCCUCAAGUUCCUCCACAUCUUUGGCUCCACCAUCCCCAAGCCACGCUUCCUGAAGAAAACAGUGCAGGAGCUGUGCGUUGGCACCUUCCGUGAUGUGGCCGUUGUGCCCGAAACCGCCCCUGUCUACACCGCCCUGGAGAUUUUCGUGGACCGCCGAGUCUCCGCCCUGCCCGUCAUCAACGAUGCCGGGCAAGUGGUCGGCCUCUACUCCCGGUUCGAUGUCAUUCACCUGGCAGCCCAGAAGACCUACAACAACCUGGACAUCAGUGUGCGGGACGCACUGCGGCAGCGCACCAUCUGCCUGGAGGGGGUCCUCACCUGCUACCCCCACGAAACCAUGGAGGACGUCAUUGACCGCAUGGCCAAGGAGCAGGUCCAUCGCCUGGUUCUGGUGGAUGAGAACCAGUACCCGCGGGGCAUCGUCUCCCUCUCCGACAUCCUCCAGGCCCUUGUGCUCACUCCCGCAGGUAUCGAUGCUCUUAACUCUUAGCCUGCGACGCUCCAUCUUUCUCCACUUGCACCCUCCAUUUCUCUCCACUUCAGGUAGGCGCCGUCCCCCGCCGCUGCGCGCCUGUCCCCUCCCCACCGCUGGCUCACCUGCACCUCGUCACCUCCCUGCUGGGGCCACCGGUCUCCACCCCGGCCAAACUGGCUCCAGGGGAUGGAGAAGGCUGGGGCUGAGGUUCGGCAGUGCUGGGUGCCCAGGUGGGGAUGGCAGGACCUGGAUGCUGUUUGUCCCUGGAGACACGAGGAUCGCAGGGGAUCCCUUCUGGGGCCCUGAUCCCGGUGUCUGUGAAGAAGGAUGGGGGCACCUGUCACGGAGACACCCCCAGACCCCUGUCCAGGCAGCGUGUGGGAUGCAGGUUUUGUAGGUCCCUGGGCUUUGGGCUGGAUGAGGGGUCUGGGGUGUGAUGCACCCUGAGACAAAAAGCCCUUUUUUGACCUUGCCUCAAAGUCCCCCCUGAGACCGGAGCCCCUCCAGUGCCACUCCUGGGGGACACAGAGGGGCCAGACCCUCACUCACACCCUGGACAUGCUUCCCACCACUAGCCAUGUGCCCAGUACGGCCGACCCAUGGGCCAUGGCUGGCAGAGCCCACUGCCCCCCUCCAGCCCUGAAACCGCUUGCUCCAGGGCCAGGGCUUGCUCCUGGGCUGCGCUGGGGCUGCUGCCCAGCUGCCCGCGCCUGGCUCCAGCUCACCCACAGCCUGGUGAGUCCUCGCUGGCGAUGGGCGGGCACUGCACUGGCACCCACCGUGGCACCCAUUUAGGGAUGAACUGGGGAGGGGGGGGAGAGCUGGCCCCUGUGCCUAGCUGCUUCCCAAAGAUAAUGAUGGGGGUUUUGGGGUGGUGGUAGGGAACAGGCUGGGGACUGCCCCAUGCCCAUCAGUUUCCCCCCUGCGGUGCCCAGUUUCUUGACACAGAAGGGGACUGGGAGUGGUGUGUGUGAACCAUACCAGACACGGGGCACUCCCUACUCCAUUUCCCCAUCGGGGUGCCUUCAUUCGCCCCAUCCCUUGGUGCUCAUGGGGGUGGCUGUGUCAGGAGCUGCAGGGGGACACCAGGAUGUCCCCCUCCAGGCCAGCCCCCGCCCCGGGGCUCACAUCCAAACCAGGAAUGGGGACGAGACCCCGCUGUCUGCCGCAGGGUGCCCAGCCCAGUGCCAGUGCCCGCCGGGGGGUUACGGCCUCGCACGCUCUCUCGUCCCACAGGCAUUGACCGAGCCUCUCUCUGAAGACACCAGGGAAUUGCCACCAUCUUGUCUGACUCAGGAGCCUCUUGCAUGGCCCUGGGGCUGUGGAUGGAGGCUCAGGCCCCAGAGGCUCUCCACGGGGAGGACCUUGCCUGCCCACCCCAGUCCUGGGGCUCGUCUUGAGUCCGGGGCCAGAUCCUGCUGGCCUUGGGGAGGCAGGGAGCAGGGAAAAGGGGGCCUGGGGGUGCCUCCUGCCAGCAAGCUCACAGUGAUGCUCGAUGGGCACCGUGCUGGAGGAGCCAUGCCAUGCCCACAACUGGGCACGGGGGACGCUCACAGCCCUGCCCGGCCCCAGGGUACUCGGCCACCCUGCUCCCGUCCUGCUGCCGGAUUCGAGUGCUUCGGCCACGGCUCCUCUCCGGCGAGCACGGUCCUGCCAGCUGUGCCCGGUGCCUGGUAGCGUAGGCUCAGCUGCACACACAGGCUUGUUUAUUGUAGGGUCACGCGGGGCUGGAGCUCCCUGGCAAAGGCGCAGCCUGUGCCAGAGCCGGCGCCAGGAUGGGCACUUGCACGGAGACCCUGUGCAUGUUUUGGGGUGGGCGAGGGGUAUUUAUUUGCUGGUCUGUUCAGACUUCUUGUAAUAAAUCAGCCUGC